CUCAGAUCCGGAGGAGAAGAGGUUCAGCUGGGACAGUUGAUGGGAUGCAGAGAGGAGAAAGACGCUGCUGCUGGCUGCUGCUGCUGUCGCUGCGGGUGAUGUUUGGAUCCUCGAUCCCUCGUGAUCUUCUGACACAGAGCAACAGGGCUGCAGCAGGCAUGCCAAACACAGCAGGUGAAGUGAGGUUUCUUUGUGGUUAAGAGGUCUAGAUGAUCCCAGCUGACAACGGUGGUCCUACUUAAACCCUCCACUGGUCAUGAAUUGGCCCUGUUGUUUGGGGAGUUAGCACAUUCCUGCCUCCGAACUGUGGAGCAGCUUUAUUGUGCCAAACACUGGACUCCUGAUCCCUACUGACCCGUGUCACCAUGCCAACUCCCACGAUCCUCACAGCAACAACAAAUCCUCGGAGAAGUUGCUAGGUUUACAACUGUGAGCCUACAUAAAGUAGAUCUCCUCCAGGGCUGAGAGAAAGAGCGACCAGAACAGAGAGAUGGCUUGCCAGUGUGGUGCCCUGCUGAUUUUAACAUUGCUGGUGAAGAUGGGACAGGUGGGUGGAUGUGUGUGUCCAGCAGCCACCAUUUUGUCCCAGUUUCCCUCUGUGGUUCCUGCUGACGUCUGUUGCUUGAACUACUCCGGCUCUGCUUUCAGCCUUGUGCGCUGGUCUGUGUUUACCAAUGAGACAAACAUAGAGACGCUGGAUCUCUCCUUCUGUAAUAUCAGUUCUGUUCAUGUGAGUGGCAGAGACGUCUCUACGUUGCAGAAGGUUUACUUAGGUCAUAACAGACUACCAGCGUUGCCAAGGAAUUUUCUGGCCAACCAGCAGAGCCUGAUAGAGGUGGAUUUGAGCGAGAACCUGAUUCAGCAGCUUCCUGAGGGUUUUCUUCAGGACUCAGACAGCCUCCAGAAACUGUAUCUGCAGGGAAACCAGCUACGCUUCCUCCCAGCCUCUGUGCUGCAGAAGCCCAGUCUGCAAACGCUGGAGCUGGAUGGGAACCCCUGGGACUGCUCCUGUUUGUUCAUGGAAGCCUUGGAGGAAGGCAGGAAGGUUAACAGGACCACUAAGCUGGAGGAUCUGGUUGGGAACUUGACCUGCGUCUCUCCCCGGCACCUGGCCGGCAGGACUGUGUUGUCAGUGAGGCUAAGCGAAGCAUGCCGCCCAGCUGGCCUCACUGCACUCUUCAUCGUGCUUCCUCUUCUCAUCCUCUCCACCUUGGUGCUCUGCUGGUGCUGUGGGAGGAAGAGGAAGGAAGCACCUGUAAGCACCUCAAAAAAGAGAGCUUCCACCUCCAGCUGCAAUGGCCAGAAGCAUCACAGCAAGCAGAAACCUGCAGCAGCUGAGCAGAAUAAAGCUGGAAACUGUGGCAAUGAGGGGAUCCUGAAGAACCAGCUGCUGCUACGCCCAUCAUCCACCCUCCUGGGCAGCACCAGGGACAUCUAUGAAGAGGUGGAGAUUAGGCUGGGCUCAGUGGAGUCUCUCCCACGAGUCUCCUCACACGGUUCCAGCUCCACAGAUGGGAGGCAGGGCCCCCAGGGGCCGGACAGGGCCAGCAAGACAGACCUGGACACAGUCAGUGUGACAGAAGUGAUGAAAGACUCAACUGACAGGGAGAAGGCUUACCUGACCCAGUCAACAGAAUACUACAGCCUGGUGCCGGGUAUUGAACUGGAAGACUCGGACCACGGCGAGUAUGAGAACGUCGACCUCUCAUGACACCAUGUUAAAGGAAUAGUUCAACAUUUUGGGAAAUAAUCUUUUUCUUGACAAGAAUCAGAUGAGAAGAUCUGACCCACUCACAUGUUUGCGUGUUAAAAACCCUUAAAACCUAUUUUCUCAAUCAGCUUUUCAGUAUGAGUGAUGAGGUUUUUUAUGAACACAAAAUGUUUGGUUAAUUCACACAAGAAGCAAGCAAGUUACAGUAUCUAUUGAAACAGAAUGUGUGGUCCAACCACUGUGGUAUCACAUUGAAAGAGGAAAUUAUUUAAUCAGGAGCUUUUCCUGUGGGACCUGAGGAACGCGGUGACGGUUUGAAAGAGAGGCCCACUUUUUUUCACUCUGGAAAAAAACUAAGACAUUUAUUUUAUUUAAUGUUGCACUCCAUGAAAAUGUACACUGUUGUUUUCACAUCUUUAGCAAAGAACAGGCAAGCAUUUGUAUGUACUUUCCUGUACCUCACCCACAUAUGUAUAUAUUAUUAUUAUAUGUAUUCCAUGUUACAUAUUAUACUGCAUACAGGAGGUUCUGGUUCCUUCACCUUAAGCUGCACCUCAAGUACGUAGGUGCCAAACAAUGACUAAUUCCAUUGCAAUGCUCACAGUUAAUUUAUUGUGAAAUGUGGAAUGUAAUGCUUAGGUGAGAAAUCAAAAUGUAUACACAUCAUUGUUAAGCAAGGAUAAAAGGCCUGCUCAUGCUUUAUGUCACACACUAAAACUUGCAUAUAUGUUUUCACGGUGGUCACGCUUUCACAGCUGGGUUAAGAUAAAAAAUCUCUGUAGUGCCAGUUCAGUAAACUGAGAUACAGAGCAAUUCUGCACAGUGGUGCUAAAACAUAAUGACACUGGAGAGGCGGCCUACACAAAAGACACGCAAUAAACUAUCAGGGUCAUCGCUAAAGGUGCAGGAUGCAGACACUGGAUUGUUAUAAGAUGUGGAAAACAGACAUCUCAGUGCUAUUUCGCGUUCAGUGAGACAGACACAGAUGAGGGAGUGGGUGCAGCUACAUGGGUGUGGAGCUUCCUGGAAUUUAAAACAACGGACGUGUAUUUUUUUUCCAGAAGCGUUGUCACGUAUUUUACAUCAAAGCUUUAUUCAUCAAUAUUGUAAGGUUUACUGCCAGAAGCCCAUAGGUCAAAAGACAAGCAAAUAAGUGAAUGUUGCAUUUUGUAAUUUUGUACACUGAGAAAUAACAUAAUUGUAAACAUGACCGUGGCUACUGGUCACUGAGUUCAUGUCCUCUGUAUUUUGUUUCUUUGUUUAUUUUUAGGCAAAAACGUUUUUAGCAACCUUUUGGGAAACUCUGUUUGUCUGUUUGUUCUGUUGUUGCUACGCCUGUCAGACUGCACAUACACAGUUAACAGUGAGAAAAGUGGCAGAUUUACUAUAAUUGGUGAUUUUUUUUUUAAACAAUUGGGUUGACAAUUGGGUUUAUUUCUAGCUGGUGACCAUUUUCAUUUUGCUGGCUGAAAUUGAGAUCACUGGCAGAUUUAAUUAGCUGUAGCUAACUAGCUAGGUUAGCUAAUUAAACUAACAAUAGUUCCAUUAAUUUGUUGAAAACACUCUCAGGCAGAUAACACUAGCUUAAUCUCAAAAAGCAUCUAGGACCAUUAAUACUACAAUAAAUAGUGAAUGGGGCCUUUUUUAACGUAAUUUUUUAACCCUACAAACUGAUGAUUUUAGUUGAAAGUACGCUUAGUUACUAGCCUACUGUAGCUAGUAAGUUAGCUAUAGCAGGACAUGUUGACGAUUGAAAGAUAUGUUACAGCAGAUAAACCCUUUUUUUUCUUGAGAUUACAAGUAGUGUUCUAUAGCAUCAUAUAAAUCAAAAAAUUGCCUGCUGUACCUGGUUUGCUAAGCUAUGAUUGAGCUGUUAGCGGGAUGGGUUUAACGAAGGGUGAAAAAAACUUCUCUUGUCUUUUGAGACAUAGGCUAAUAUAUUUAAAUUUGAUUACUUUUAAGUUCAUCAUUUGGAUGGAGAUAAGAGACCUGGCAGUAACCUUCAAAAAUGCUUUGAAACAGCAUUAAGACCUUCAGGUUGGAAAUCUAAUUUACAGAAAGUAGGCUAUAGGCUAUUUGAUGGUUAACUGAAUAAAUAAAAUGUGAAAAAUCUAAAUUUAUUGUGGUUUAUGGUCAAAAAUUUCAAAGGAAUGAGGCCCAUGACCUUGAUAUUUCAAAAAGUUAUUAAGUUGGAAGUACAAUUAGGGCUUAUGGAGUGUUUAGUGGUAAAAACUGCUGCAGUGACAGCUAAAUAACAUGUAGGACUAGUAGCAUGAAUAAUCCUUCUCUGUUAAAACAAAAUGGGUAUACUGGUAUAUGAUACAUAAUAAAAGCACUGAUUUUCAUCAUUAUGUUUAUACUGGCAGAUGCACUUGCACAGUUUUUUGUUUGCAAAACAUUAAAUAUUGUUGAAAGAAAAAUAAAUGUUUUUUUUUCUAGA